AUGCGUCAUCCAGCUUUCGAGGCAUUAUUUUUAAAACAGAGCCCGCUCGCCGGAAAAUCUGAAUCAAAUGGCGGCUUUGCGAAUAUUGAUUCCUAUUUAUUUGGGGAUAGGUAUGCUUUAAUUCUCGCCGCCGAUCCGCCAUGCGGCGUCUCAACGGUUCAGAACCAGAUUUUUGACGAGAAUUCGCCGAGGAGUUUUGUGUUCCCCGAGCACCGUAUCGUCGGCGGCCAGCCAACGGUCCCCCAUUCGUGGCCCUGGGUUGUUGAGCUAUUCUUUAGAAAUUCAUCAAAAUGCGGCGGGGCGCUGAUUUCGGAAGAUUUGGUGCUGACGGCGGCGCAUUGUCUCCAUGCCAGUCGGAUUGCAAAGAAUUAUGCGGUGAUCGUGGGCUCGCAUCAGACCGGAAGCGGCCAGUAUCAUCGGGUCGAGGCGCUCGCCGUCCACCCAACCUUUAACCUCGUCUGGCCAAGCUCGUGGGAUGUGGCGGUGUUGAAAAUCACUCCGCCGGUGAAGCUGUCGGAAAAGGCGAGUCCGGUUUGUAUCCCGACAUUGGCACCGCCGCCUUUUCAAGUCUGUGCCGUUGCCGGCUGGGGCCUAACCCAAGAAAACGGGACUCGCUCCCAGGUACUCCAGGAGAUCCACGUCCCCGUACUCCCCGCGAAUGUUUGCAACAAUAUGGCCCACUAUGGGGGAUUGGUGCACUCGCCGUCCAUGUUUUGCGCUGGGUACAGCCAGGGGGCCAUUGACUCUUGUCAGGGCGAUUCUGGCGGUCCGCUGAUGUGCUUGCGGCAGGGAAAAUGGGAGCUUCAGGGCCUAGUAAGCUGGGGAAUUGGCUGUGGCCGACCGGGGCGCCCGGGCGUCUACUCAAAGAUCUCCGCCUUUUGGCCCUGGAUCAAGGUGACGAUGUGGAAGCUGGGCGGCAAA